UGUGAUUUCGUCGGUGAGAUGCACGCGUGCUGUACGGGAUCCUUGGUGUUCCAAUAGGUGUCCCAGAGCGAAGGGAAAAAUCCUCUAAUCCUCUAAUAAUUAACAAUGAAGAUAACAAAACACAAGAAAACUCGUAAGUAUAUGAGUUUUUACAUAAACAACUUUGGAUUUCGCGAACCACUGCUUGUGCUGAUCGAUGGAAGCUUCUGCCACGCCGCCUACAAGGUACGGCUCCAAAUAGAGGAGCAGCUGAAAAAGUACUUCCAGUGCGAGGUAAAACCGAUCGUUACCGCGUGCAUCAUCACGGAGACGGACAACCUCGGCCCGGCGUUCGUCAGCACCAGUCAGCUGUUGAAAAAGUUUCUCGUGCACCGCUGUGGGCACGAAAAGCAACCGGUCGAUGGUGCCGCCUGCAUUAAAGCGAUGACCAAAACGUGCCACUACAUCGUCGCCACCCAGGACCGGGCGCUGCAGGAAUGGGUGCGCGGGAAUCCGGGCAUACCGCUGUUCUACCUGCACAAUGCAUCCGUCCCGACGUUGGUGCAACCGUCCGAGGCUCACCGGCAGGCGGCAGCUGAUGGGCAGAAGAGCCGGAACGGCAUACGGGAGCUCGAUAAAACGACGAUACAAGCGCUAAAGGUGAAGGAGGGUCUUGUGCCAGCCGAACCGAGCGUUCGGAAGAAACCGCGAAAGCCGAAAAAUCCUAACCCACUGUCGUGCAAAAAGCCGAAGAAAAAGAAAACGGAGCCAGGCGGGAGGAAAAGUGAAUCGGAUGGUGCUACACCGGCACCGGUUGACGGUGGCGUAGUGAAGAAAAAGAGUCGAAAGCGCAUUAAGCUACCGAAGCACGUUAUUGAGCAUUUGAAAGCAACGAACGGAGCAGCACAAAAUAAAGUGAGUAGCUAAAGUAUGAAAA